GUGAAGGAUUAGGAAUUAUAUUUGAUAAUUGGCUAAGUUUGCAGUGGAACCAUAGGGCUGCAGAAAUUAUCUUCUUUACUGGCUAGGUUCUUGGAUGGGGGUCACAAGACCAGUUGAGUCAUUUCCUUGGUAUGGGCCCCCAGUCUGUGUAGGUCAGCCAAUCCACUGGAAUGCAAGACCUGGAAGAUAUCUCAAAAACUACCUUUAGGUUCCCAAAGCAUGAUAUUAUCUAUGGAAAAAGCUAAGAAUCUUUAUGACCGCCAGCUAUGUGGCUCUAGAGUAGAAAUUAUAGAGAAGCAACAAGGGGAUGGUGACUGAUGAUUAUCAAACAAAGGAGGGGAGAGUGGCUCAUUAUCGUUACUUUUAGCUAAGCCUGUUGACAGAGUUUUGGGGCCAUUACCCCAGUUCUUGCCUUGCAUCCCUUCAUUCAUUCAUAAAAGGCAGUUUCAACCCAGGCCUGGGUUGUCAAAAUGAGGUCACUGCCAGGAUGUUUGGGAGGACUCAGCCACAGCAUGGAACGUGGUGGAGGGCCAGUUCUCUCUGCCCCUUGUCUCAGCUUCCCCAUUUUUAAUAUAACCCCUGACCUUCGAACUGAGAACACCCUCAACAACAAACAUUGGUAACUUGAACUGCCCCUGUGGGACAGAGGAAUACCCAGGGGAAGAGAUCUGCCCAGAGUACCACUCUGAGCAGUGCAAAGGCAGCAGCUGGGACAGGUAGUCAGAAGCUUCAUUUCUACUUUGACCCAGAGCAGGGUGGGGAAAGCAAGCAAAGGGAGGGCUCAACCUUGAGAUUGCACUGAAGACACAACGAGGGGGUGGGUGCCCCAGCAGGCGGGGGUGGGGCGAAGCAGGUGAUAUCCAGCCCAGAGCCCAGGGCACUAGCCUCUCCUCGCACUAGCCUCUCCCCGCACUAGCCUCUCCUCACACUAGCCUCUCCCAGCACUAGUUUAUCCUCUCACUAGCCUCCCACCACACGUCUCCCCAUGAACCGCACCGUGGUGCUCAUCACUGGCUGCUCCUCCGGCAUCGGCCUGAACCUGGCGGUGCGUCUGGCCUCAGACCCAUCUGGGAGCUUCAAAGUGUACGCCACGCUGAGGGACCUGAAGGCGCAGGGCCCUCUGUGGGAGGCGGCCCGGGCUCGGGGGUGCCCUCCUGACUCCUUGGAGACGUUGCAGCUGGACGUGAGGGACUCAGAGUCUGUGGCCGCUGCCCGGGCACGCGUGAGAGAGGGGCGCGUGGACGUGCUGGUGUGUAACGCGGCCCGAGGCCUGCUGGGGCCUCUGGAGGCCCACUCCGAGGAUGCGAUGAUGUCGGUGCUGGACGUGAAUGUGGCCGGGACGGUGCGGACACUUCAGGCCUUCCUGCCAGACAUGAAGAGGCGCCGUUCGGGACGCGUUUUGGUGACUGGCAGCUUGGGAGGCUUGAUGGGGAUGCCUUUCAACGACGUUUAUUGCGCCACCAAGUUCGCGCUCGAAGGCUUAUUCGAGAGUCUGGCGGUUAUGCUGCCGCCCUUCGGCGUCCACGUGAGCCUCAUCGAGUGCGGUCCGGUGCACACCGCCUUCGGAGAGAAGCUGGAGGGAGGCCUGGGCGGGGCGCUGGACCGCGCGGACGUACAGACCCGCUGCCUCUUCUCGCGCUACCUGCUGCACUGGGAGAACAUCUUCCGCGAGGAGGCUCAGGACCCGGAGGAGGUGACCGAGGUCUUCCUCACCGCGCUGCGCGCCCCGCAGCCGGCUCUGCGCUACUUCAGCACCGAGAGGUUCCUGCCCCUGAUGCGGCUGCGCCUCGACGACCCCAGCGGCUCCAGCUUCGUGGCCACCAUGCACCGCACUGUGUUCCCCGACGAACCCGCCGGGGCCGAGGCCGGGGCGGGAGGCCCGGGGGGGCCUGAGCCCAGCGCUUCUCCCGCAGCCCCUCAAUAAAGGCA